CGCUGCAUAAAUAGCAGGCGGCGGGCCGUGGGCAGCGCAUAAUCGAACGCAAGCUUCUCCGAGUCUGUUUCCUUCGGACUUUGACGGCGGCAGCGACACGAUCACAAUGCAGAUCUUUGUGAAGACCCUGACGGGGAAGACCAUCACCCUGGAGGUAGAGCCCAGUGACACCAUUGAGAAUGUCAAGGCCAAGAUCCAGGACAAAGAGGGCAUCCCCCCUGACCAGCAGAGGCUCAUCUUUGCAGGCAAGCAGCUGGAAGAUGGCCGCACCCUGUCUGACUACAACAUCCAGAAAGAAUCCACUCUGCACCUGGUCCUGCGUCUCAGAGGUGGCAUGCAGAUCUUUGUCAAGACCCUGACUGGCAAGACCAUCACCCUGGAGGUAGAGCCCAGUGACACCAUUGAGAAUGUCAAGGCCAAGAUCCAGGACAAAGAGGGCAUCCCCCCUGACCAGCAGAGGCUCAUCUUUGCAGGCAAGCAGCUGGAAGAUGGCCGCACCCUGUCUGACUACAACAUCCAGAAAGAAUCCACUCUGCACCUGGUCCUGCGUCUCAGAGGUGGCAUGCAGAUCUUUGUCAAGACCCUGACUGGGAAGACCAUCACCCUGGAGGUGGAGCCCAGUGACACCAUUGAGAAUGUCAAGGCCAAGAUCCAGGACAAAGAGGGCAUCCCCCCUGACCAGCAGAGGCUCAUCUUUGCAGGCAAGCAGCUGGAAGAUGGCCGCACCCUGUCUGACUACAACAUCCAGAAAGAAUCCACUCUGCACCUGGUCCUGCGUCUCAGAGGUGGCAUGCAGAUCUUUGUCAAGACCCUGACUGGCAAGACCAUCACCCUGGAGGUGGAGCCCAGUGACACCAUUGAGAAUGUCAAGGCCAAGAUCCAGGACAAAGAGGGCAUCCCCCCUGACCAGCAGAGGCUCAUCUUUGCAGGCAAGCAGCUGGAGGAUGGCCGCACCCUGUCUGACUACAACAUCCAGAAAGAAUCCACUCUGCACCUGGUCCUGCGUCUCAGAGGUGGCAUGCAGAUCUUUGUCAAGACCCUGACUGGCAAGACCAUCACCCUGGAGGUGGAGCCCAGUGACACCAUUGAGAAUGUCAAGGCCAAGAUCCAGGACAAAGAGGGCAUCCCCCCUGACCAGCAGAGGCUCAUCUUUGCAGGCAAGCAGCUGGAGGAUGGCCGCACCCUGUCUGACUACAACAUCCAGAAAGAAUCCACUCUGCACCUGGUCCUGCGUCUCAGAGGUGGCAUGCAGAUCUUUGUCAAGACCCUGACUGGCAAGACCAUCACCCUGGAGGUAGAGCCCAGUGACACCAUUGAGAAUGUCAAGGCCAAGAUCCAGGACAAAGAGGGCAUCCCCCCUGACCAGCAGAGGCUCAUCUUUGCAGGCAAGCAGCUGGAAGAUGGCCGCACCCUGUCUGACUACAACAUCCAGAAAGAAUCCACUCUGCACCUGGUCCUGCGUCUCAGAGGUGGCAUGCAGAUCUUUGUCAAGACCCUGACUGGCAAGACCAUCACCCUGGAGGUGGAGCCCAGUGACACCAUUGAGAAUGUCAAGGCCAAGAUCCAGGACAAAGAGGGCAUCCCCCCUGACCAGCAGAGGCUCAUCUUUGCAGGCAAGCAGCUGGAAGAUGGCCGCACCCUGUCUGACUACAACAUCCAGAAAGAAUCCACUCUGCACCUGGUCCUGCGUCUCAGAGGUGGCAUGCAGAUCUUUGUCAAGACCCUGACUGGCAAGACCAUCACCCUGGAGGUGGAGCCCAGUGACACCAUUGAGAAUGUCAAGGCCAAGAUCCAGGACAAAGAGGGCAUCCCCCCUGACCAGCAGAGGCUCAUCUUUGCAGGCAAGCAGCUGGAUGGCCGCACCCUGUCUGACUACAACAUCCAGAAAGAAUCCACUCUGCACCUGGUCCUGCGUCUCAGAGGUGGCAUGCAGAUCUUUGUGAAGACCCUGACAGGCAAGACCAUCACCCUGGAGGUGGAGCCCAGUGACACCAUUGAGAAUGUCAAAGCCAAGAUCCAGGACAAAGAGGGCAUCCCCCCUGACCAGCAGAGGCUCAUCUUUGCAGGCAAGCAGCUGGAGGAUGGCCGCACCCUGUCUGACUACAACAUCCAGAAAGAACCACUCUCCACCUGGUCCUGCGUCUUAGGGGUGGCUGUUAAUUGUUGACUUUAUUAUGCAAGCAUAAAUUGCCAAUACUAGCAUCGUUUUGCACUUAUUAAAGUCUUUGAAGUCUUAAGUUUUGAGAUGACCAGGUUCAGUAACAGCUGAGCCAAAUGCUAAUAAAGGUUUUUGUUGCACACUGA